AUGACACGGAAACCAAUCAUCGGUUUGCUGGGCGGAGGCCAACUGGGCCAGAUGCUAUGUCAAGCCGCUGCGCCUCUGGGGAUAACUGUCGCAGUGCUGGAUGCCGAAGACUGCCCUGCGAAACAGAUCAACCACAACAAACUACACGUCACUGGGUCUUUCAAGGACCCCGAGAAGAUCAGGCUCUUGGCUUCGCGAUGUGAUGUGCUCACCGUUGAAAUCGAGCAUGUCGACACUGGAGUGCUCGAAGAAGUCGCGACAACAGGUGUCGAGGUCCCCACAGCUGAUGGCAAAGGCAAGACCAUGAAGAAGGUCCCCGUGCAUCCGUCCUACAAGACGAUACGCUUGAUCCAAGACAAGUACCAGCAAAAGGAGUAUCUUGCCAAGAACGGGCUACCAGUCGCUCCCCAGAUGGCUAUCGAGUCUGGAGAUGGUCGUGUCGAGUCACUGAAGCUAGCCGCCUCCAGGUUUGGGUUCCCAUUCAUGUUGAAAGCUAGCAAGGGCUCCUACGAUGGCCGUGGGAACUUCAAAGUCCGAAGUCCUGAGGAUUUCAAGACUGCGGUUGAGGAAAUGGGCGAUUACCUCUAUGCUGAGAAAUGGGUUCCCUUUGAGAUGGAGCUCGCCGUGAUGGUGAUGAGGACAGAAGACAACAACGGCAGACUAAAGGCAGUCUACCCCUACCCUGUCGUCGAGACCAUCCACGAGGAUUCGAUAUGUACCAAAGUCUUCUACCCACCCCGUAAUGUUUCUGAGGAGGUCAAGGAAAAGGCCCAGAAGGUGGCAUGCGAUGUUGUUGCUAGCCUUUGGGGAAGAGGCGUAUUUGCUGUCGAGAUGUUCCUAGUCGACAGACAGGUCAUCGUCAAUGAGAUCGCUCCACGCCCUCACAACUCCGGUCACCUUACAAUGGAGAUGGUACCACAGAUGUCUCAGUUCAAGGCACAACUACAUGCUGUCCUGGAUGAAGUACCGGAAAACGGCUUGACUCUCACACCAAGGGUUCCUAGCGCGAUCAUGUUGAAUAUCCUUGGUGGAGCAAAGCCGACUUCACACGACAGAUUCGUCGACCUUGCCAACGGGUCAUUCGAUCAAUACACCGAUGUAUACGUCCAUCUAUACGGCAAGGAGUCCAAGCCAGGUCGCAAGAUCGGCCAUGUUACGGCGACCGGCUUCUCAUCAGUGGACCAGUUGUCUAGCCGAAUCAGUCCGCUCAUCAAAUGCAUGGACGAGAUUAGAGCGGAGCGGAUCGGAUCAAGGGACGCGAUACAAGGAUUGAAUACCCCACAGCUCAAAGGUGUACCGCUUGUAGCAGUCACAAUGGGUUCUGACUCGGAUUUGAAAACCGUGAGUGCCGGGCUUCAGAUCUUAGACGAUUUCGAAGUCCCUUUCUCGAUUCGAAUCACAUCUGCCCACCGCACACCACGCGAGAUGAUGAUGUUCGCAGAGGAAACUGCCAGGUCAGGAUGCAAGGUGAUAAUUGCAGCUGCCGGCGGCGCUGCUCAUCUACCAGGAAUGCUGGCCAGUGAAGUUCACAUACCAGUGAUUGGGAUUCCCAUAAAGGCCAGUGUACUAGAUGGCAACGAUUCGCUACUCUCGAUCGUCCAGAUGCCACGUGGGAUUCCGUGCGCCACUGUCGGCAUAGGCAACUCGACCAAUGCGGCCCUCCUUGCCAUUCGAAUACUGGGCACCACGUUUCCCGAGUACGCCGGUAAGAUGAAGAGAUAUCAGGAGAAGUUGCGGACCGAAGUCAUCGCCAAGGACGAGAAGCUGGUCUCAACUGACUGGAAGGCGUAUUUGGAAGGCAUGAGGAAUUGA